UGAAAAUAAAUUGUGUGACGUGAUAUCCGCAUUGUGUCAACGCACUUCCGUUUAAAAGCUGCUUUCCAGUGCGAGGAACAUGGAGGACGCCGGAGUAAUUGUGGAGAAAGCUCAGGACGAGGUGCCUGCAAUGCUCAGCUCUCGACCCCAGACUGCUCUGUCCUUUCUGGCUCCAGAGCCUGAGGACCUGGAAGACUUAUACAGCAGAUACAAGAAACUACAACAGGAACUGGAGUUCCUUGAAGUUCAGGAGGAGUACAUCAAAGAUGAGCAGAAAAACCUGAAGAAAGAGUUCUUGCAUGCUCAGGAGGAGGUGAAGAGGAUACAGAGCAUUCCUUUGGUCAUUGGGCAGUUCCUGGAGGCUGUAGACCAGAACACUGCCAUUGUCGGCUCCACCACAGGCUCUAACUACUAUGUGAGGAUCCUCAGUACUAUUGACAGGGAGCUGCUGAAGCCCAAUGCUUCAGUUGCUCUUCACAAGCACAGCAAUGCACUGGUUGAUGUCCUUCCCCCAGAGGCAGACAGCAGCAUCAUGAUGCUCACGUCAGACCAGAAGCCUGAUGUCAUGUAUGCUGACAUUGGAGGGAUGGACAUUCAGAAGCAGGAAGUGAGAGAAGCAGUGGAGCUGCCCCUCACACACUUUGAGCUGUACAAACAGAUUGGCAUUGACCCCCCAAGGGGUGUGCUCAUGUAUGGGCCCCCAGGCUGUGGGAAGACAAUGCUAGCUAAGGCUGUAGCUCACCACACUACAGCUGCAUUCAUCCGGGUUGUGGGCUCUGAGUUUGUACAGAAGUACCUGGGUGAGGGUCCUCGCAUGGUGCGCGACGUCUUUCGGCUGGCCAAGGAGAAUGCUCCCGCCAUCAUCUUCAUCGAUGAGAUUGAUGCGAUUGCCACCAAACGCUUUGAUGCUCAAACUGGUGCUGACAGAGAGGUGCAGAGGAUCCUGCUGGAGCUCCUCAACCAGAUGGAUGGCUUUGAUCAGAAUGUCAAUGUGAAGGUGAUCAUGGCCACAAACAGGGCUGACACCCUGGACCCAGCCCUGCUGCGCCCAGGCCGGCUUGACAGAAAGAUUGAGUUUCCCCUGCCAGACCGGCGCCAGAAACGGCUGAUCUUCUCCACAAUCACAAGCAAAAUGAACCUGUCGGAGGAAGUGGACCUGGAGGACUAUGUGGCCCGCCCUGACAAGAUAUCUGGAGCAGACAUCAAUUCUAUCUGCCAAGAGGCUGGCAUGCUCGCUGUGCGAGAGAACCGCUAUAUCGUCUUGGCGAAGGACUUUGAGAAGGCCUACAAAACCGUCAUCAAGAAGGAUGAGCAGGAACACGAGUUCUACAAGUAAAGGGAAAGGCACAAAAGGACCCCCCAUUUUCCUCAGCGUAAAAGUAAAGAACAACCAGACAGCGUGAUACAUGGCCAUGUUUGUUUCAUUUCUCCCCCCCCCCCCCAUCUGUGAGCUUGAAUCUGCAGCGCCUGAAAAGACUUGGACUGAAUUUAGAUUAACUGUCCCAGGCCUGUUGCCAGUGCUGAGCCUGUGGAUCCUCACUUAAAUGGCCCAAGUGCUGAAGACAGCCUUUUUUAAAAUUGUUUGCAGUCCCUUGAUUCUUUAACAUAAGCCUUGUAUAAGAGACAGAAACCACAUCUGUAUGUGUAUGUGCUGGGUUGCAAAGCCUACAAUUACUAUUGUUAGACAUUAAAUAUGUUUUCCAUAAAAA